CAAACGUCUUGAGAUUAAAUGCGCGCGCUUGUCCUUGAUUUUAAUUUAGUGUGUGCUACCACAUAGCAUACAACUGCAUGUCAAAAAUUCUUAAUUUACUACAAAACGAUUUUUAGUAGGUGGUUCUCAGCAGUAUAGCGACUCGAAAUGCUUCAAAUGAACAUGGUUUCUUAAAACAUGAAUCUACACUGGGGAAUGCCGUGCAAGGCAUACUGGCUAGCGAUUCUCCUGUUCGUCUCAACAGCUAUCAGUGGACAAGAUCUUACAGGCGACUUUGAAGAAUUUCCCCCUGUAAACGCAAGAAAUGCUGCGGACGAUCUCGGGCCGAGUCAGGAUUCUGGUUCAGAUUUACCGUACAAUGCACAAGGCUCAAGCUCAAACAUGGAAGCCGCAGGUCCAGGCGCAUCGUAUGACACAGGCUCAAGUUCAAGAAAUCAUCCCAGCAUGCACGCCGGCGGUCCAGGCGCAUCUUACGACGCAGGCGGGCCCAGUGCACAAAAUGGUCCAGGUGCAUCUUACGAUCCUUCAGUGAGGUCGAACGUAAGAAAUUAUCCUGCCGAACCCCGUCAGAGCUUCGACUCGGGCCCAGCGUAUGGUGCCAAUGACCUUCCACCCAAGGGGAGAAAUAACCCCGCUGGAAAUUCGGGAAGUAGGCCUACUGAAGGUGGUGCAACGAUUCAGGAAAUGGUCGUCAUGGCAGGUAUGACCGUGGUGUUGAAUUGUUACGCCGAUUGGUACAUACAACAGCAUCCGACAGCGUCUGUGGUAUGGUACCGCAAUGACCAACUAGUGGAUGUAAGGGCCGGCAACCGACAGCUGAUCAACAUGGCGGAUCUACAAUUGGGAUUCGUGACGGGAAGGGACGAGGGCAUCUACGCAUGCGCCUUUGAGAAAGGCGUCUACAACACUGUUAUCCUCUUCAAAGUGAACCAAAUUAUCGACCACAUUUUGGACGAAGAUAAGAUCCAAUUGAUACAUAUCUUCUGGCCUAUCUCUCUACCGAUUUUGCUGUUGUCUGCUGCUCUCUGCUCCAUGAGGGGUGAAAUAAAACGAUACAAGAGAAAAGGCAUGCCGCCUGAGGUGGUGGCCGAAAUCAAGCAGAGGAAGCUGGAAAACAAACGCAAGAAGGAAGAUGCCAAACUGGAGGCCAAGAGACAAAAACAAGACAGGAAGCAGCAGAAGAAACAGAAGAAAGCUGCACCUGCUGCUCCUGCUGCAACAUCGGCCGCUCCUCCAGAACCUGAUCCUUGGGGUGCUCCACCUGCACCGAGUGGAGCACCACCUCCACCCCCUGGCCCUGGAGCACCACCCCCACCCCCUGGCCCCGGAGCACCACCCCCACCCCCUGGCCCAGGAGCACCACCCCCACCCCCUGGCCCCGGAGCACCACCCCCACCCCCAGGCCCUAUGGCACCAGGCCCACCCCCUCCAGGACCCCCCGUGGGCAUGGCUCCCGGUCCCCCUGCCCCGCAGCAUGAAAUGGUACCGACUCCCAUGGCUUUGAUGAUGGGACAGGGACCCCCCAGCAUUGGUGCGCCACCUCCAGCUCCACCCGGUAUGAUGGGGCCACCCCCUCCUGGCCCCCCUAUGGGCCCUCCUAUGGGGGCUCCCCCAGCUGCACCUCCUAUGGGGGCUCCCCCGGCUGCACCUCCAAUGGCACCCCCAGGAGGGGGUGGUGGCGGACCCCCUCCCCCACCCCCACCUCCCCCUUGAGCCAGUCCCUCUACGCACUUCCUAUAAUGGGUCCGAUUUCCUGCGUUACCUGUUUCGACAUUAAAAAUUCACUCAACUUUUGUGUAUUUUGAAGCGUU